AUGUCAGCUGUGAAAGAUGGUCAAUCCGAUUCUUUAAUGGGUAAAAUUUCAAUUAGAAGUAUAGUUAAUUAUUUGCUAUGGUCAGUAAUUAUACUAUAUGUUUUAUACAAGUUGCUUACUGGUCAUGGUUCUGAUAUAAACAUUGGUAAGUUCCUUUUGAAGACAUCUCCUUAUAUGUGGGCAAGUUUAGGUAUUAGUUUAUGUAUCGGUCUAAGUGUAAUUGGUGCUGCAUGGGGGAUUUUUAUUACAGGUUCUUCAAUUAUUGGUGCUGGUGUAAGAGCUCCAAGAAUCACAACUAAAAAUUUAAUAUCUAUUAUUUUUUGUGAAGUUGUGGCUAUCUAUGGUUUAAUCAUUGCCAUUAUUUUCUCUUCCAAGGCUUCUUUUGCUUCCGGUGAUGCUUUAGCUUCAAAAUCAAAUCUAUACACCGGCUAUUCAUUAUUUUGGGCAGGUUUAACCGUUGGUGUGUCUAACUUGAUUUGUGGUGUAGCUGUUGGUAUUACAGGUUCUACUGCAGCAAUUUCAGAUGCUGCUGAUCCUACACUAUUCGUUAAGAUCUUGGUCAUUGAAAUUUUUGGUUCCAUUUUAGGUUUACUAGGUCUGAUAGUGGGCCUAUUAAUGACCGAAAAGGCAGCAGAAUUCUCAUAA